AUGGAUGAUAAAUCCAACAAGCUCCUUUUAGUUCCCGUUUUAACCGUUUUAUUUGUCAUGAUCGGCUAUCAGUACAUCUGCCCGGCGGGUAGCACGUCGUGUCGUUUUGGGACCGGAGAGAGUUUCCCGAUAUCCAAACAUCCAGCGUUGGAGUCUCCGGACGGGUUUCGCUCCAAAUUCAACUUCACGCGCGAGGAUCUCGAUCGCCACGUGGAUUUUGACAUGAAGGGAGAAGACGUGAUCGUGUUCCUUCAUAUCCAGAAGACCGGAGGAACCACGUUCGGCAGACAUCUCGUGCGCAACAUCCGCCUGCAGCGACCGUGCGACUGCCGCACCGGACUGAAGAAAUGCUCGUGCCACCGGCCCGGUAAAGCGGACUCGUGGCUCUUCUCGCGCUUCUCGACGGGCUGGAGCUGCGGUCUGCACGCGGACUGGACGGAGCUCACGAACUGUGUACCUGCUGUCAUGAACAAAAAGCAGAAGAAAGACUCCAAACGACGGAAUUUCUACUACAUCACACUUCUGCGGGACCCUGUGUCACGUUACCUGAGCGAGUGGAAGCACGUGCAGCGAGGAGCCACAUGGAAGACGGCGCUGCACAUGUGUGACGGUCGUCCUCCCACUCCGGACGAGCUGCCGGCCUGCUACAGCAGCGAAGACUGGACCGGUGUGUCUUUACAGGAGUUCAUGGCCUGCCCGUCAAACCUCGCCAACAACCGUCAGACUCGCAUGUUGGCCGAUCUGAGCCUGGUGGGCUGCUACAACCUAUCUUCCAUGAGCGAGGAGCGUCGUGCCGAACUGCUCCUGAGCAGUGCCAAACGCAACCUCCGUCACAUGGCUUUUUUCGGCCUCACGGAGUUCCAGCGGAAGACACAGUUUCUGUUUGAGAGGACGUUCGGCUUACACUUCAUCUCUGCUUUUACUCAGAUCAACGGCACCCGGGCGGCCGGCGUCACGGUAGGGACGUCCACCAGGAGGCGCAUAGAGGAGCUGAACGCUCUGGACGUGCAGCUGUACGAGUACGCGCGGGAGCUUUUCUUGCGAAGGGUGCAGUACUGUCACCAGCAGGAGAGGCAGGAGGUGAGAGAGAGGAGACGAGAGCAACGCAGGAAAACGAAGGAGCAGAAACCGCCUCAGUUUACGAACCCGGGUGAAGGGGAAAGAGAAGAUGUGGAAGAGGAAAUCAAAACUGUCCGAGGUGUGACAGAAGAUUACAGUAGUAAGGUGGUGAGAUGGUGAGGCCAUCAUUCAGUGUUUGAAUUGUGUGAGGUCUUGGGUGGUUUAACAGAUCAAGUGAAAGUUUCCCAAAAUUUUUUCCUUAGGGGCCCCAAGUAUAUAUGACAAUCUGGGCCCCCCAACUCUCAACUGGUUGGGUUAUUCGCUUUUUGACGCAACGCUCGGUUGAAAAUAGCCCAGCAUUUUUAAAAGUCUAUAUAAUAUUGUUAUAUUGUUUUAUUUAUUGUUAAAAUGCUACAUUUUUAAGGGAUAAUAUUUAUUAAAUAAAUCUUCAAACUAACAUAUAGUUUAUCUUUAAUGAAUGCUUAAUGCCACAUAAUUAAAGCAACAUCCCACUGUUUUUCAAUAUUUUACUAUGUUCUU